AUGUCAAGGAGAAGUAGCAACAAAAAAUCUGUCAACUUGAAAGUGCAAAAUAGUUCAACAAAAGUGUUAUUUCUAGAGAAACAAUUCUUGAAAGAAGAACAAAAUGAGCUGGAAGUAAUAUCAAUAUCGUUACCAAGAAAGAAUUCAACUUUCGUUAAAUCUAAGAAAGGUCUCAUUUACGAGCUGAUCCAAUUCAAUGAAAAACAUCGAAGUUAUUUCAUUGACAAAACAGUUUGCAGUAAUGGGAAGAUUUAUAUGACAUCUCAAAUAGAUCCACUGUUUAUAUUCAUUCAAUAUGUAGAAGCAAAUUGCAAAACCAAAGCCCAACCUUUGACUCAAAUUAUGACGGGACCUGCUGAGUUAUUUAUAGAAGCAUUAAAAAGCUCACAAAUGAAAAUGAUUGCUGAUCAGAAAGGCCCUGAUGAUCUCAAAGCAUUCAUUUAUAAUGAAGAUAAGACAUUAAAAUGGCUAAAACUUAAGUUCAACAAUGUGAAAAAAUCUUUAAAAGAUCUAAAAAUUGUCAGUUCUGGAGCAUCAUCAAUGAACUUUGUCAAAUCAUCACUUCAAGAAGAUAACGACGAUGAAGAUGCAAUUGAAGAAACGGCUUUUGGCAUUAUAUCAGAAUACAUUUCUUUAGAUUUAAUAGAAAAAUUAGAUCAACACUAUGGAAUCAGCAAAAAGUCAAAAGAUCCAAUCACACAAAAAAGAAAAUCGGAAGUUAAAAAUGAUGAAAACGAACAAAAGAAAAUUAAACUUGAAGAUCAAGAAAAUUCUUUGUUUUCACCGAAAAAAGUUGAAAAACUAGAAACCAAAGCAACUUCAAAGACAAAAGCUUUAGAAAAAGCUGCAAAAGGAAGUAAAUCUAUAAACUCGUUUUUCACCAAGAAGUAG